CAGGGGUCCGGCGCACAUCACGGGUCACUGUAUGCAUCUGAAAAAGUUCGAAAUUCAAACCCGUGAAUGAAAUAAAACUUAUCAUAUAUAUGAGCCGUCCACAGGCGCAUCGUUUUCUCAGGGAAGGUUUAGGAGAAUGAACGAGAGUCCAUCAGCAUCUUCGUCCAUGGCCAGGAGCUGUAAGCUUCCAGUUACUAGGCAUUUCUUCAAGGUUAUGAUGACUGGUUUCCGAUCCCAACUCUCUCUUCCUGUGGCUUUCUGCCGACAGCUGAGGGGGAAGAGAUUGGAUAAGGCAGUAGUGAGAAGUUCCCAGGGGUCAUGGCAUAUCAAAGUUGGUAAAUGCCGCAAAGGGUUGUUGUACUUUGAACAAGGCUGGGAAAAUUUUGUGAAGCACCAUGACCUCAAUCUUGGAGAUUUCGUGGUAUUCGAACAUAAGGGAGACAUGGUUUUCGAUGCCAUAGUGUUCGAUCCAAGCUCGUGUGAGAAAGAGCUUCCUGUUUCCAUCAAUUUCUCUGAGAAGAACGGGAAGAAGAAUUCAUCUGAUGAAGUUGAGAGCAGUUAUGACAAGACGGGGAAAGGGAAUUUCAAAGAGCAACGCCUGCUUGAAGAUGCUAAAUCCUACUCUCCGAAGGGUCCUCAUUUCAUAACAACCAUAACAACAACUAACGGAGCAGAUGAUGGAUCAUAUCUGGAUAUCCCUGCAGAAUUCGCAAGCUCAAAAAACAUUAUUCGAGCAUCCAUCGUGGUUCUCCGGAAUCCCUCGAGAAAAUUAUGGGCAGUGAAGCUUUGCAGUGUUGAUUCCGAAUGUGGGAGUAAGGCUGAGUCGAGACGUGUAUUAAUGGGAAAAGGAUGGCGUGACUUUUAUGUCGCCAAUAAGCUGAAGGAAGGAGACGUCUGCCUAUUUGAGCUCGAUCUCACCAGAAAAAGAUCUGAUGUUGUAGUGAUGGCCGUGCAUAUUUUUCCCUGGUGAACUGAGCAGUUCUUUGAUCGUUUUGUUGGGUCUUGUUGGCUAAAGAUGCUUUCUUUUUUCUGUUUUAGAGAUUCUUGAGCAUUUAUCUGCAGCUCUUCGUUUUUUUUUUUUGGGAAUAUUCUGCCAAAAAUUAGUUGGAAUCUAUUUAACAAAAUUUAAUUGAAUUUUAUUUAUUAUAUACU